UGCACUACUUUGGAAGCUUGGCGCGAGAACACAAUAUGUUAGUCUCCUAAAUGAUCGUCUGUAGGUUAUAGGGACUGAGGCGCUAUUUGGAACACAUCUAUAGUGUGUCUGCUAAGUUGUUGAGGAGAUCUAGUGAUGGCUCAGAUCUGCAGCGACGUCAUGGCAAUCCUGCCUGUGAAUGAAUCAGAUUUUCCUCUUGUUUUUGGUGAAACACUUGAUCCAAGUGUCUUGUCCAUUCUCGAGUUUUGCAGAAAGGAUUUAUACAGCACGUUAAAGCCUUCCUCCUGUGUGGGUAAGGCUCAGAUCAUUAUUGAUUACUCCUGGGAGAAGCUCAAUACGGGCACAUGGAGAGAUGUGGAGAAGGACUGGAGGCGAGUUUACUCUUACGGCUGCUUGUUUAAAGCUGUAUGGAUGUGUCAUGGAGAAACGUCUCAUGACAAGGUGCAGCAAGCCGUAAAGACAUGUGACAUGGGUUUGCUCAUGGGCGCGUCCAUCAUGGACAAUGUUCUGCAAAGACUUAUUCAGGUUCUGAAAGACAAAGUCAGAAAGGAACAUCCCAGCAAAGUGGAAGAAAAUGAGCAGCCCUGUCAGAAGAGACUCAAGAAAGACUGCACACUAAAGACCACAAUCAACCCUAAACUGGCAGUACAAAGAGUCGUCUGUCCAUCUCUGCAGAGUUUCCGGUCAGAAUUUCUGGAACCCCAAAGGCCUGUCAUAUUAGAGGGAAUAAUUGACCACUGGCCUGCCUUUAAAGAGCACAAAUGGAGCAUAGAGUACCUGCGAGCAGUGGCAGGCUGUCGGACGGUUCCUAUCGAGCUGGGCUCCAAGUACACUGAUGAAGAGUGGUCACAGAGGCUCCUUACAGUGAACGAGUUUAUAGACUGUUAUAUUGUGGGCAAUGAAGAGGAUGGUACAGCAUACUUGGCUCAACACCAGUUGUUUGAUCAGGUGCCAGAGCUGAAAGAAGACAUCCGUAUCCCAGAUUACUGCUGUCUCGGAGAGGGAGAUGAAGAUGACAUUACGAUUAAUGCUUGGUUUGGCCCAGGAGGGACCAUCUCUCCUCUGCAUCAGGAUCCUGAGCAAAACUUCCUGGCUCAGGUGGUUGGGAGAAAAUACAUCCGUCUGUACAGUCCUGAAGAAACUGAAAAUCUGUAUCCACAUCAGUCUCAGCUACUACACAACACCAGUCAGGUGGAUGUGGAAAAUCCAGAUGUGAUGCAGUUCCCAGAUUUCCUGAAAGCCUCUUAUCAGGAGUGUGUUCUUCAGCCGGGUGAUGUCCUGUUCAUCCCCAAACAGCACUGGCAUUACGUUCGUGCCUUAGAGCUCAGCUUCUCUGUUAGUUUUUGGUGGUCAUGAUAAAAGCCGUCCCUAUUUUUAUAAAUAAAGCAGUGUCAUUUAACAGUGCUUUAGUCA